GGAGAAGCCGCUUGCACUGAAGCCACGCCCGAACCCGUCUAAUCUAACGAGACACUCACACAGACCGUCAUUCCACAGCUGCAACGGGUUCCCCGGAAUCGAUUUCCCUAGGGGAGUCCCCUCUGCCGAUACUUGGCGUUGCCACGUCCCCCGGAAUCCCCUCUGCCUAUGCUUCGAGCGGCCAUCGCAAUAUCCACCGCCUCGCAAUGGCAUCUCGUCUCACAAUGGCCACCCGUGAACAUUCCUCUGUCGGGGGCCACCGCGGCUGCGACAGCCAUCGCCGGGGGCGUGUUUUCCGGCGGGUCAUCCACGAGCUGAUCGACGCGACGGCCUUGGAACGGAGCACGUCCUGCGUGCAGUCUCACUGCCUGAAGCCGCCGCCGCAGUUGGCGUAUCGUAAGGUGUACUCAGCUCCGGCGGAUGAUGCUGAAUCCGCGGAGGAAAAAGACUCUGCUCCCGCCAAAGAGUAAAUGCGAUUGCCGCGGCUGCGACUGCUGCGACUGCUGUGACUGCUGCUGCGACGUCACAGGUCUAGGGUCCGACCCUACUAGCUUUGAGUCAAGGCUCGUCACGGUUGACUAUCACCAAACGGGGGGUGCAAAUGGGGCAGAGGUUCAGGGAUAAAAGCUACUAGGGUUCCAUUGUUAGUUGUUUUCGUCUUCAGCCGAUGCGACACUGUCGCCUGGCAGGAGUGGCCGUGAUGAUAAGCGCGAGUCUCGGACCAUGCAUGGCGAAGCUAUGGGGUGUCACUUGUCACUACCAUCAUGAAGAAACGGAUCAGUAGCCGUAACAGGAACGACCAUGAUGGUAUUGAACGCCUGACAAGACACCGGGAGUGUAUUCAUGGUCGUAACAGGAACGACGGAAUACAUUGAACGCCUCUUGAGCCAUUGCGGAACCUGCCCGUUUCUAAGUGCGUUCAAAAUGCGGCUUUGACCUUAGCGUGUGAAAGGUGGAUCGGCGUGGGAAAGGGGGCCUGGUUUCCUCCUGGGAUCUCCUUAAAGCCCAAAAAAAGUUGACCUUAGCGACCGUUCUCAAAGCGUUUUUUUUUCACCGGGGUACUCGUUAUUCCUUGUACAUAGCGUGAUUUAUGGCUCCACACCACUUACUGUACCCAUUUCGCACACUCCUCGAUGGCGUCGUUGUAUAUAAUGCACUGCAAAUGCAGAGCGGUGAUGUCGGCCCCCGCAGUCCGGAUUGUCCAGAAGUAAAGCAGUUGAACUGGG